UAGUGUGAACACAUUUAUUACAAUGCUUCUCGGAUUGGGGGCAGUUAAAGAAAUGACGAUAGAUAAAGGUCAAGUUGCCCUUAUAUACCCCUUCACUAAUCAAUCAAAUAUCAUAAACUAAUAAUCACUUGCAAUUAGUAAAUAAAUCACUCAACACCGUGAAAAUGGCGGACUCUUCCUCCACCACCGUAACGGAUUUAAUCUCCACCGUCCAUCAAGAUAUCAUAGAGACUCACAUCCUCACGCGCCUCGACGGUCCAACCCUAGCCUCCCUCUCCUGCGCCUCCACACUCCUUCACAAGCUCGCGUCCAAUGAAUUCCUCUGGUCCAAAAUCUGCCGGUCCACGUGGCCUUCCACCGCCACCAUCUCAGAUAACCCCCGUUCUUUUUUCUCCGACGUGUAUUCGGUUCUUGACGCUGGUGGUUCAGUUUCUGAUCUCGACCGUCCCUUUCCAGAGCUGAUCUCCGCCGUGGAUCUGCACUACAGAGGGAAGUUGAUUCUCAGUAGAGUCGUGAAGACGGAGACGACUACGGCGUGGUUCCUUAGCUCGCCUCUGAGGAUCGAUCUUGUUGAUGCGAAGGACACUGUGGAGACGCCGAUCAAGCGAGGACGGUGGACGGAGGACACGUGUCGUGAUCUAGAGCAGGAUUUGACUUUGAGCUGGAUCGUGAUCGAUCCUACCGGAAAGCGUGCGGCGAAUCUGUCGAGUCACCGGCCGGUGACCGUGCAGAGGAACUGGCUAACCGGUGAAGUGGAGGCGAAAUUCGCGACGGUGGUGGGAUCGGUGGAGUGUGUGAUCACGGUGGUCACAUGCGGAGAGGAGGAGAUGCACGUGAAGGAGGUGAGCCUUAAGGUGGAGGCGAUGGAGGGAACGAGUUUGAACGGGAUGGACAGUUUGGUCAUUUUGAAGAGUGUAAUGGAGGGUAAGAGGGGCAAUGGAAGAAGGAGAGAAGCGGAAUCGAAGUGGAGACACGAAGAGUUUAUGGAGAAGAAGAGAGAGUUGAAAGAGAAGAAAAUGAGGGUAGAAUUGGUAUUUGACAUUUUAACUGUCGCUGUUGGGGUUCUAGGGUUUGGUCUCGUUGACUUCUAUUUUUAGGUUUUAGUAUUACAAUCAAUAUUUAAGAGCCUCUAGAUGAAUCAAAAGCUUUGCAAUAAAACUUAAAACAACUU